AUGGACAAAACAGAGUUGGAGCAACCAUGUCCAGCUGAACGCGAGCAGAAUCACAAGCGGCCGGCUGCCGAAGAACUUUCUAGCGCCCUUGAUGCCAAAAGAAACAAAGCCAUUGAUUGCGGGCCGACAGUGCCGGAUGUCAGCAUUUCUGCUAUUGUUCAACGGGUUCCUUUCCCUGACAAACCUGCGGUUCUGGAAGAACAGAGAGGCGAGAUAGAAUACCGGGUAGUCAACAAUGACGGUUCCCGAGAAAGUACAAUUAUUCUCACGGGUCUUAAAUGCCUAUUCCAAAAACAACUCCCGGAAAUGCCCGGGGCUUAUAUCGCACGUCUCGUUUACGACCGUGCUCAUGUGUCUCUAGCCCUUGUUAAGAUGCCCCUUGAGGUUAUUGGCGGAAUAUCGUAUCGGGAAUUCCGCGCUCGCAAAUUUGCAGAAAUAGUGUUUUGUGCAAUUUCCGCUAAGCAUCAAGUAAAAGGAUAUGGGGCGCACCUUAUGGCCCAUCUGAAGGAUUAUAUCAGAGCUACUUCCCCAGUGAUGCAUUUUUUAACUUACGCUGAUAAUUAUGCCAUUGGCUACUUUCAGAAACAGGGUUUCACAAAGGAUAUCACCCUCGAAGAGUCUGUCUGGAUGGGGUAUAUCAAAGACUAUGAAGGGGGAACGCUUAUGCAAUGCACCUUGCUUCCCCGAGUCAGGUACCUUGAAGCUGGCCGUAUGCUCCUUAAGCAGAAGGAGUGUGUCCAGGCCAAGAUACGUACCUUUAACACCAAUGAUGUUGUCCAUCAGCCACCUGAGCAGUGGGUUAACAGCCACGGUGACAUCGCCCCAAUCGAUCCACUCUCUAUCCCUGCUAUUCGUGCAACUGGCUGGUCUCUUGACAUGGACGAGUUAUCACGGAUGCUGCCACGCCGCGGGCCUUAUUUUAAGGAACUCCGGCAUUUUUUAACUCUUAUGCGAAAUCACAAAAGCGCCUGGCCCUUUGCUGACCCUGUUGACAAAGAUAAAGUCCCCGAUUAUUACAACAUUAUUAAAUCACCCAUGGAUCUGUCGACGAUGGAAGAACGAUUGGAGCAUGAUUACUACACUACUCCAAAGGUCCUUUUUGACGAUCUUAAGCUGAUUUUCAGUAAUUGCCGAACAUAUAAUAGUGAAUUCUCGAUAUUCGUUAAAUGUGCAAAGCAGCUGGAGAGGUACAUGCGGAAGAUCGUCAAGGAAAUUCCGGAGUGGCAGAAGUUUCUUGAAGAAUAG